GAGAGCGAGGGGGCAGAGAGAGAGAGAGAGGGGGGGGGGGUGUUUAGAGAAGGCUGCUGAAUCGUUUUGUUAGAAAAUUGGAUUAAUAUUGACUUCCCAAGGAUCUGUGCCAUACACUUCCAUUCAUUACAAACCAGGGUAAACGAACCCUUAUAAAAGUGUCCCACAGUCAAAGCACAGAGAGGUGUGGUAAAACAUAGGGAAGCAUUGUAAAGCACAGAGAGGUCUGGUAAAGCAUAGGGAAGCAUUGUAAAGCACAGAGAGGUCUGGUAAAGCAUAGGGAAGCAUUGUAAAGCACAGAGAGGUCUGGUAAAGCAUAGGGAAGCAUUGUAAAGCACAGAGAGGUGUGGUAAAGCAUAGGGAAGCAUUGUAAAGCACAGAGAGGUCUGGUAAAGCAUAGGGAAGCAUUGUAAAGCACAGAGAGGUCUGGUAAAGCAUAGGGAAGCAUUGUAAAGCACAGAGAGGUCUGGUAAAGCAUAGGGAAGCAUUGUAAAGCACAGAGAGGUCUGGUAAAGCAUAGGGAAGCAUUGUAAAGCACAGAGAGGUCUGGUAAAGACAGUUUACACUAUGGUAGAUGCACAGUAUAACCAUAGGUCAUGUGAUUUCGGGGUCAUGUGAUCUCUGGGUUGCUGUCGUUGCGUCUCCAGGUUCGUUCCUCUGGAGCAGCAGGUGGCAGUAGCGAGUCUCGUCACCUCUCACUUUGUGGCGGGCAUGGCGGCCUGUCACUCCCUCACCAGGAUCGAGGGGCGCCUGUCGGGGGACCCCCUGGACCUCAAGAUGUUUGAGGCGACGGGCUGG